AUGAGAGAGAAGCGUGGAUCAUAUUUGAGCUGGAAGUUCCCCGGAGGUUUGGCCGAUCCAGGAGAACGGAUUUCAGAAGCCGUCAAACGUGAAGUCUUGGAGGAAACUGGGAUCAAGGCCGAGUUUAAGAAUGUCAUCACUUUUAGGUGGGUUUAUACAUAUAUUCUAUUAUACUUUGGUUUAUCUGUUGGGUCUGUGACGAUUUUUAGAGUGCUGUAGAUUGAAACUCUUUUGUCAAUAUUUUGAUUCAUUUUAAUUGUAUAAAGGUUUGUUAUUAUUACUCUUACUCUUAACUUAACCUCUAUCUACUCAUUUGCUUUUAUUAACGCUAAACCAUGUCACAGUAGCCCUUGAUUACUAAUAAAACAAACUGUCGAAGGUACACAAAACUGAAGACCUUCACGCGAUUCUCGAACGAAAAAUGGCCUUGGAAUUUGGGUGCGCUCGAGAGUGACCACCACUUACUUACCCAAUAAGUAAUCUUAUUGUAUUGUUUGCGCAUCGAGACUCAAACAGUUAAAAAUUCACUCUUUAUUUGUCCAUCUUGGCGGUGCUUCAGGCUGGAGGGUUAUUUUUGGGUCAAAAGUUUAGUUUAAAUUAUGUUCACGUUUAGAGAGGUGCCGGAGGGGUGGAUUUGAUUUUUUUUGAUGUAGUGUUUCUAUCUAGCUUGAGGUUUAAUUUAGGCUUAAGCGUAACUAUAGGCUUAGGCUAGACUUUAUUUAGGUUUAUGUUUAGGCUUAGGUAUAAGGUAGGUUUAGGCUUAAGCGUAUGUUGAGGUUUAUGCUUAGGUUUAUGUUAAGGCUCAUCCAUAAGGUAGGUUUAGGCUUACGCUUUUUAAGCUUAGUAACUAGGUAAACGGUGUUGCAUAGUAAUGCCUUGCAAAUGAGUGAGAUUGCCGCACACGCAGUAAGUUAUUGGGUCGUUUUACGGCCAAAAAGUUUUUUUUUUUAAUUUCAGUUGAUAAAAAAAGUGUGGCGCGAAUAAAAAUUUCAAUUAAUAUGAUUUAAAACCAUAGUUUACACCAUAAAUUUUUAAAUCAUUUGUUUUAGUUCAAAUUCAACAACUGUGGUCCACUAGUUACAAGUUUUUCAAGAUUGUACAGUUGGUUUGGCACUAAAAUAAAAGUACCCUCUGGUACAGUUUUGACAAGAAUAGUAUUGUGAGAUGACAAGGCUAGUAGCAGUACUAUUCCUAAUCUUGACAUUGUGUUUUAUCGGUGUUACGGCCAAAGAUGACUUGAAGGUCCAGAAAAAACCGAAUCUUAUGUUAUAUACACCAACUGGAGAGCUAAGAGUUCAGCGAUUUAGAGCCAAAUACCCAAAGGCUAAUCAGAAAUAUCGUGGUAAGACUUUAAAUUUAAAAAUUUUUAGUUAUUUUAAAACUUUGAUCUUCAGACUACCCUUAUUAUUAUCAUAUUAUCAGGGUUAAGGCAGCUCUUUAAUAGUCAAAUCUUAUGGCUAUUAAAACUUUCAGCGAUCUUUUUGAAAAAGUAGUAGAUUGGCAUUUUAUGACCUUUUAAAGAGAUAUAUGACAUUCCAUGAAAUUUUAAAAAUUUCAGUUUUCAAAGACCUCAAAGUUCGCAAACCAAGAUCGGUCAAAAGAUUCAUGGAGCUAAAGCCAAUGGACAUGAUGGACCGAUCCAGGAACAGAAUCGCUGAACCCUUCUGA